UUUAGUUAUUUCAUUCCUUUGAGAAUCUGUCAAGCUUCUACUCACUGGAUUGUGAAAACGAAGACGAUGUCAGUUUUGAGUUUUGCGUUGUGUUUGUUCGUUGUCCUCUGCAUGCAGACACAGGAUACAUCGGCGUGGUUUUCAGGAAGUGUCUGUGGUCACACGACAUACAACCCGACGAUUCGCAUGUGCUGUUCAGGAAACGUAGUGUCCAAAAGCGGUUUAAGACCUUCAUGUUGUGGACGCCAAAACUACGAUGCCACAUUCCGAAUGUGCUGUGGAGGGAACGUGGUGUCCAAAAGCGGUUUAAGACCUUCAUGUUGUGGACGCCAAAACUACGAUGCCACAUUCCGAAUGUGCUGUGGAGGGAACGUGGUGUCCAAAAGCGGCUUAAGACCUUCAUGUUGUGGACGCCAAAACUACGAUGCCACAUUCCGAAUGUGCUGUGCAGGGAACAUAGUGUCCAAAAGUGGAAUGAGACCAUCAUGUUGUGGAAACCAACAUUAUGAUGCCGCGUUCAGGCAGUGUUGCAAUGGUCGUAUUUGCUAAGAUGACAUGUUCUGAAUAAAUGUGUUGUAUGGUGCUAAAAAAACACCUCUUGCUUUACCGGAGAUAUGAUUAUGUUAAUACAUAUACAGGGUGAUGAGUUAAGCUGUAUCCUGAAUGAACGCGAGCGACGCGAGCGAUGCGAGCAAAUAAUAAAUAAAUGUAAAAAACAUAUAGAUAAAUAAUGUCGCGUCGCACGCGUGCGGUUAGAAUGCGGCAAUUGAAAUCAAUGAUUUUUAAAAUAAUCGCUCGCAUCGCUCGCGUCGCUCGCGUCCAGUUAGGAUACAGCUUUAAAGACAACAGACAACUUCACACGUCUGUUGAUGAUUUUUCAAAAAUAUAUAUUUGUUUUUAAUUUAUAUUAUUACAAAAUCCAAGUAGGGGGCCGACAGGUAGUUUCAGUUUCAUUUUCACACUGACAGAUGACUGGCUGGAAUUUUAAUGGAAACGCUAUGUAUAUUUUAAAUAUACGUUAUAUUCUCGAACAAAAUUAAUUAUGCAAAGAUUAUUAUGUGGGAUCGAUCAAAGGCAUAUUGUCACAGACCACCGACCUAUUUAAUGAUCUAAAAAAAGUA